AUGGAGAUAGAUUUGGGGAAACUUGCAUUUGACGUUGAUUUUCAUCCGUCUGAUAAUCUUGUUGCCACGGGUCUAAUUAACGGUGACCUUCACCUAUACCGUUAUAGUCCUGAAAGUGUCCCUGUGAGGCUAUUGGAAGUUCAUGCACACACUGAAUCUUGCAGGGCUGCUCGAUUCAUCAAUGGUGGACGUGUGCUCUUGACGGGUUCUCCAGAUUGCUCUAUACUGGCUACGGAUGUGGAGACCGGAUCUACAAUUACUCGUAUUGAUAAUGCUCAUGAGGCUGCAGUCAAUAGAUUGAUAAACUUGACCGAGUCCACUGUUGCCUCAGGAGAUGAUGAAGGUUGUAUAAAGGUGUGGGAUACUAGAGAACGUUCUAGUUGCAAUUAUUUUAAUGCCCAUGAAGAUUACAUUUCAGACAUGACUUUCGCAUCUGAUGCAAUGAAACUGUUGACAACAAGUGGCGAUGGGACUCUGUCUGUUUGUAAUCUUAGAAGAAAUACAGUGCAAACUCGAUCGGAAUUCUCCGAAGAUGAGUUGCUGUCUGUUGUUUUAAUGAAGAAUGGUAGGAAAGUUGUGUGCGGAUCACAAACUGGAAUCAUUCUAUUGUAUUCAUGGGGAUGCUUCAAGGAUUGUAGUGAUCGAUUUACUGAUCUCUCCUCGAACUCUAUUGAUGCAAUGUUGAAGCUUGAUGAGGAUAGAAUUAUUACUGGAUCUGAGAAUGGGAUCAUCAACUUGGUUGGGAUAUUACCUAACAGAGUCAUCCAGCCAAUAGCAGAACACUCGGAGUAUCCCAUUGAGUCUCUUGCAUUCUCUCAUGAUAGGAAGUUCCUUGGAAGCAUUGCACAUGAUCAAAUGUUAAAGCUAUGGGAUUUGGAUAGUAUACUACAAGAUACAAGAAACACACAACCAAAUGAAACUGGAGUGAUUGAUAGUGACGAUGAUGAAAUGGAACUAGAUAAAGAUCCUUCAAAGUUGACUAAAGGGAACAAGAGAAAUAAUCCAAAUAAUGGACAAGCCCAAGGUGGUUCGAAUAAUUUCUUUGCAGAUUUAUAG